AACGGUUAUUCUAAUGAUAUUAAUGCAUUAUAUAGUGAGCUGUGUGAAUUAUUUUUAAAGAGCAUUAUAGAUGUUUUUUUUCAGAACGUUUGAGAAACUGUGACUGUAACAGCUUGCUGAUAGUUUUUGCUGUGCAUGUUUGACGUUCGUGAUUUUCCGCAAGAUGCAUGCAGGAAACUGGAACCAAAGUGUAAUAGAAUAGCUUUCAAUCAAUCAAUCAAUCACAGGUUGCAUCAAAGCACUGAACAGUUUAAAGCAGAAGAGUACAACGACAGGGAUGUAGAGUCUCUGUUCAUUUUGAAGCCUGUGUGUUCAGACUGUCCUGCAGAUGGCCGCACGUGGUUGCCGUUCAACUUCAACUGCUACCACUUCGUCCACGGAGAAGAGGACGUGGCCAAAAGCUACUUCGUUCAAGACGCGAAAGACGCGUGCCGAGGAUAUGAUCUCCUGACUGUGAAAAGUGCAGAGGAGAACGACUUCAUCGUGAAGUACAGCCCUUCUGUGUGGAAAGGGAGGAUGAGCGUCUGGCUCGGAGCGUACUACGACAGCGACGACGAUGUCUUUAGGUGGCAGGAUGAUAACAGCGUGCUGGGAUACAGUAACUGGGAGGACGGCGCCUCCGAUGAGACUGAUCUGGUUCUGCUGGACACGUGUGUUGUUCUGCACACUGACUCGGGGAAGUGGGAAAACAUCAGCUGCUCCGCUGAACCCGAGAAUGGAGUCGUGUGUAAGACCAAGGCAGUCUGGAUAAACCCCCCAAAAGGCAGUCCUCUUCUGUCAGCUCUGGUCAUCAUCAGUGUGGUCCUGAUUCUGGUGGUUUCUGCAGUGAUUUGGUUCUUCCAUCAAAGAAACAGCCCAGGCUCAUCCAUCCUGAACCUGAUCGAGUAUCAUCCUCCCUUCAGAUCCCCGUCCUCCGAUCAGGCCUGCUUGGUAGAGGCUGAAGAGAUCGAGGCGGUCCCUUAGUGUUUUCCAUCGGCGCCCGGGUGAGAAUAAGAGUGUUCCUCAGCGACGGACCACACAGAACCAAACGGGGCGGUCGUGACUCCUAUGAUCUCUCUCUGAGGAAAUAUGAUCCGUCUGAAUGCAGUGUGUAAAAUAAAUUGCUGGGGUUUUAUUGCACAGGACAGUUAAGCACGUUGAUCUUUCCUUCUCCUUGAAGACACGGCUGUUUAGCGACUUUGCUUUUACUAAUAUUUUCUCUAAACUGCAGCGUCAUUAUAGUUUAAUUGAGUCCUUAAAGCUAAUUGUGUCCAGAGGCAGUUCCAUGAAUGAAAAUGUAAAAUAAAAAAAAUAGAUAUAUUAUUUUGUAUUAUUAUUUUAAUAUUAUUAGAAUUAUUAUUAUAAGACACUAUAUAUAUAU